AUGGAAGCUCUAAAAUCCCUCUACGACCUGCACCAACUGCACAAGACAAACCCAACUCCAUUCCUAUCGCAUCUGUUCAAGACAUUCGAUCCAACUACCUCAAAACCAUUGACCUCGUCUAUAAAGCAUUAUGGAGGUGGUCUUCACGGGAAUCCAGCAAACGGGCAUCAACACUCAAAAGCACGCGGGAGUGGACAUGUCGAUUAUCGAUCAGCACUAGAUCAACUACACGAUUGGAUUUGGGGCUGGGAGAUCAAUGCCGAUGGAGGUGAUCAACAGAGAACUGCUCGGGCGAUACGUAUAACUGAGACUGGACAGGAGAGGAUUGAAGCAGAAAAGAUUGUAAUGACUUUUCUGACGCUCUUGACGUUAUCCAGGCGAUCGCUGAGAGCACUAUAUUUGGAUAUUGAAAGAGCUCUACCGAAAAUUGGAGCCCCAGCUGACUUUGACGACUUGUUUGGUAAAACCGAUGAAGCAUAUGACGCAGCUGAAUCUGAACGGAUAUGGGCACAGAACGGAGAUGGGACCAGUUUACAGCAAGCAAAUAGUGAAGAACGGAGUGCAGAUGAUAGUACCGAUAGUUUAGAUGUAGUGCACCAAGCAACGCUAUUGCUGCAACGAGAAAAAGGAGUUACUGUACGAGCAGUUAAAGAAGAUGAAGAACUAGGUCCAGAAACAACUGCUGACGAUAUGGUACUGGAAGAGGACGAAGAAGCAGAAGAAGACGGAGAAUAUGUGCCUCCAUCUGGCAUGGUUGGAUUUUCUCGCACAGGAUCUAUGCUAGCUUCUCAAGGCAGUCAUCGGGCAUCUAGACAAUCAUCGUCAUUUAUGGUGGCCAAUAGUCAAAGGCCGUCUGCAGCUGGUGGCAGCACUCGAGCAUCCAUGAUGAGCAACAACAAUGCCCGGAAUUCCGCAGUACCAAACAAUAACCGAGCCUCCUUCCAACGAGCGUCAACCAGAAACGCCAGGCUUCCCUCUAUACCCUCAGGAGAUGCCAGUAGUAACCAAAGAACGAGUGCGGCAGCUCAUCAACAAUCUCAAAGCGAUGUAUUCAAGGAGAUUCGAAGACAAUCAUUAGGAAAUCUAGAUCAUCGUAAAUCAUCCGAUCGUAAUACUAUUCAAGAAAACCACAUGACUGCUAUACCAGCUACGUCGGAAACGUCAUUACAAUCUGGAGCAUCGACACCCGCUGAGCUGAAGGCUGAGAUAAACUUCUUAACUGGAGAACCAGUAGUGAGCACUAACUCCAGCUUGUUUGGCCAUUUGCACUUUUCUGGUACAUCAAAGACUCGAUUAGACGAGAAUACGGCUACAUCAAGGCGCCAUGUUGAUCGUCUUCUAUCGGAACUUGACCGUGCUGUAGACAUGACCUUGACUUGUGCUAGCGCCGUUGUAGUUAUUCUAGGAUUGUCAGAAGCCGUUAACGAUAUAGAAACAUUUAGCAGACACGUAGUCAGUGCCCAUGAAAUUGCCAACGAGUUUGUGGCAACGUUGCUUAAAGCCUUGCUGGACUUACUGAUUCGAGAAUUUCCACCUGGUAUUGUUGACUCGGACGAUGUCAAAGAUUUAAGUCAAUUAGAAUACCGAUUGAAGGCCUUGUAUGAUGCACGAAUGGACGAGUAUGAGGUUCUCCAAGAGCAAGAGCAAGAAGAUGCCGCAAAUAUUGAAGCAGAAGGUACCGCCAUACCAACAACAGCACCUAAAAAGGCGAAAGCCAGACCCCCACAAGAACGAAAAUUCGAUCGUAAAUUCGCACUCCUGCAUAAUUUAUUGAGUGCCGUGGACGUACACUUGUUCCCAUGUGCUGUACGUGCACAUACUGAAGGAUGUAAAUCUGCACAAUGCUCUCGUCUAGGACCCAAUCUAUGGUUGACGAGCGGGUAUGACGGAAUGGUAAAAAUCCAUGAUUUAGAAGCUGGCAAAGAGCUAUCCCAAUAUGCAGGUCACUCAACCAUAGUCACAUCAGCGCGCUUUGCCAAGGAUGAGAGCACUAUAGUGUCUUGCUCAUUUGAUAAAACAAUCAGGAUUUGGAAUUCAAGUACAGCUGGAUGUGAUCGGGUACUACUAGGCCACACGGAUGCACUCACUUGUGCCGAUGUGUCGCUGGAUUCAAGAUACAUAUUGACAGCAUCCACAGAUAUGACUGUAAAGCUAUGGGAUUUGAACUCUGGAGAAUGCCUCGCUACCGUGCGCCGACAUACUAGAUGGGUAAAGGUUGUCCGCUUCUCACCGGACGGCAAGUACUUUGUCAGUGGCGGACUAGACAAACGGAUGCACGUAUGGGAUACCAAGGCUGUAAUCCACAAUAAAGACAAGGGAAUUCAACCUGUUAGAACAAUCGAAGCCCACUCUGAACCAAUACUGGAUAUUGCCUUAUCUCGUCCAUCUCUGCUACUCUCGUGUGCCAAGGACGGAACACUUCGACUUCACGACUAUAUUACUGGACAGCAGAUAUUAAACAUCUCACUAAUGCCUUCGUGGUGCUCCUCUCUGGCUUUUGCUCCUGGUGGUGAAUACUUUGCUGCUGGAUCGCAAGAUGCUACUGUGACUGUAUUCAAAACGCAUACAGGAGAACAAGUCCGGAAGUUGAGGGUAUUGAAUGGUGGUGUUUUGUGUGUUGCAUUUGCUAAAGAUUUAAACUUUUUGGCUGUUGGGACGGUUGAAGGACUUUUGCAGUUGCUGCCUCUAUAG